UAUAUCAUGGUCUAUUGGUAAAGAACUUGAACUGUCAGCAGGUUGUUGGUGACGGAAGAAAAAUUACGAAAACACUGAAUAAAAAUGAACGAGUUGCUCCAAAAACACGGCUGUUCAAACGUAUUCUCUGUCCCUAAUGGGCUUCGGGAGCUAAUGUCGGAUAUCACGCGUGAGGUGUUACGCUGGCAACCGCCGAAACUCUACGACUUCAUAACGAACUACCUGUCAGCGUUACUGAUCACUCGUGAGCACGGCAUCCUGGCGGUGAAGAUCCUGGACGACCUGUGCGACUGCCGGCCAUCAGUCUCCGAACAUCUGCUGCGCGUGGGCUUGCAGCAAGAGGAUGUGGAUGUAGUAGCCAACAUUAUUAAAACUGAAAUCGAAGGGCUGGAACUCGAAGAAGGCAAAGAAAAGGUCAAAGAAACCGCAAUUCUUAAGAAGAUCCUUUUAAAGGUGCCUAUGGAUGAAGAACUGUCCGCCAAAGUGUGUCAAGUGGCGAGAAACGCUCACAGAGACUAUUGGUACAGGAAGAACAUGCUCAUUAAGGGAAUGUCAGAGAAUCCUGAAGAGGCUUGGGAGAAAGCGGCCAUGCACACGCUGGAAGUGUACAAGAAGACCAAACCCUCGUUGAGCGACCUGCAUAGAGCUACGGAGAGAAUCCAAGCAGCCUACAGGGGUUACCACGUCCGAAGGAAUGUAUUACGUCACCUGCAGCCUACAGAGAAGAAGAAGAAACCUGGCCGUAAAGUGGGAAUCCCAGGCCCACCGCUGGACAUUGCUGGGUCACGAGAGAUCAGUCUUGGUCCUCUUAUUAAAAUUAAAGUCCGUGAAGAUGACGUCAAUGGAAUGUUUGAAAAUGAGGUUAAAGAAAAACACGGUUUAUCUUACGAUCCUAUGAUGACGUUGACUCAUAAAGAAGACGACGACUAUCUAGAGGAGAAGUCGGAGAAGAAGAAGAUACAAAUAGGUGGAACCAGCAAGGGCAUCAAGAUGCCGCAGUUCAGUGUGAUGACGUCACUGACAGAGGCGGCGGGCCCACCUAUGCGCGUAUAUCUGUCUGAGUCUUCAGCAGCAAUGAACCGGGUCGAAGAUGAAGAUAUGCCAUAUGUAUCGCCUUACCAAAGAAUUUCAUUCGCUGAGACUCCAGCGCACAUCAUAGUGGAUUACGAUGACGAGCCAGAAAUCCCAGAGGCCCCGGGGCUAAGUAAAGAUGACGAGGUAUCAGUCACGCCGCCUCGUCCCUUCGAAAUCCCGGAAGAGUUGCCAGCUAGCCCAAAACCGCCGUCAGCUCCACAAUCAGCUCGUACCGAUGUCGAGGACGCUACUGACGGCAAUGCUGAGUACAAGGAGUAAGAGGAGACCAGGAUAAUGGACAACGGACGAUGUUCCAUUUUAGAAUCUUUUGUAAUAAUUUUCUAGAG